UUGCCAAAUUCUUCAAAAAACAAAAAUCACACUCUCCCACUAUCACACCAUCGGGCACGCGGAAUAUAACCAUCAGUGUAUUGAAACAGCUCUAAAACUAAAGAAAAACAAAACAAAAAACCUAUAACCAGCCGCCCCCAGACACAUACAGACAGACACAGACCUUUCGGUACACAUUCGAAAUUAGGCAACUACCCAACGAUUCGAUCCAUCAAUCGGUUCAGAUCUAUAAUCAUUAGUGAUCCCUAGCAGAUCAUAUUUCAACAAAGUCAACGUAGUAUAUUGUAUGGAACAUAUUAAAUGGAUUGCGGAAUGUAUUAGAAGUAGAGCUGGAAGGCUCACAUACUUUCAUUCACAGCAAGCCCCUCGACAGUACAUAACCCAAGCCCCUAAAAUUCCCAGUUCGAUUAAUUGGAAACUGUUCAGAUCAAUAGGCACUGGAGCGCUCUAUCAACCAUAUCAGCCAUCAUAAAGCAUCCAAUCUGUUUCAGUCUGUAUGAAUCAAUCAGUCAAAAUCUAUCUCAUGAAUGAUCAGAUUCCCCCAAUCGAAUUUAAUUUAUAUACAUAUAAACGCGAGCUAAGCCAAAGCCAGAAAGUCGAUCAAAUACAACAAAAUCCUCGUUAAAGCAACCACAACAAAAAGAACAAAAAACGAAAGCAGCAAAAAUGGCAUCCGAAUUGGAUCAGUUCGCCGACUUGGAGCUAUCGAAGGAGGAUCGCGAACAGAUCUUCGAUCCGCCAUUGGAUCGGCAGCAGUUGGAAGGUGCUGGCACCUCAAGAGCUGCUGGCGGCCUCAACGGAGUCGAAUUCGAGGGCAACAAGCUCCAUUGCGAGCAGCUGGAUAAAAACCAGCGUCGCAGUCAGCGCAAUCAGCGCAAUACGUACCCGGGUAUGCCGGGACCCGGGCGCCAGGCUGACUUCCCGCUGCGCAUUCUCGUCCAGAGCGAAAUGGUUGGGGCCAUUAUAGGACGACAGGGCAGCACGAUCAGGACAAUCACACAGCAGAGUCGGGCCCGUGUGGAUGUGCAUCGCAAGGAGAAUGUCGGCUCCCUGGAGAAGUCGAUCACGAUCUAUGGCAAUCCGGAGAACUGCACCAAUGCCUGCAAGCGCAUUCUGGAGGUCAUGCAGCAGGAGGCCCUCUCCACGAAUAAGGGUGAAAUCUGCCUGAAGAUACUGGCCCACAACAAUCUGAUUGGAAGGAUCAUUGGAAAGUCUGGGAACACCAUCAAACGGAUCAUGCAGGACACCGACACGAAGAUCACCGUCAGCUCGAUCAAUGACAUCAACAGCUUCAAUCUGGAGCGCAUUAUCACGGUGAAGGGUUUGAUCGAGAAUAUGUCGCGGGCCGAGAACCAGAUCAGCACCAAACUGCGCCAGAGCUACGAGAAUGACCUACAGGCGAUGGCACCGCAGAGCCUCAUGUUCCCCGGCCUUCAUCCCAUGGCAAUGAUGUCGACACCCGGCAAUGGCAUGGUCUUUAACACAAGCAUGCCAUUCCCAUCGUGUCAGAGCUUUGCCAUGUCCAAGACGCCGGCCAGCGUAGUUCCGCCGGUCUUCCCCAAUGAUCUGCAGGAGACGACAUAUCUCUAUAUACCGAACAAUGCCGUUGGGGCGAUCAUCGGCACCAAGGGCUCCCAUAUACGUAGCAUAAUGAGAUUCUCGAAUGCAUCCCUGAAGAUUGCACCCCUCGAUGCCGACAAGCCGCUGGACCAACAAACGGAACGUAAAGUAACGAUUGUUGGUACACCGGAGGGUCAGUGGAAGGCGCAGUACAUGAUCUUUGAGAAGAUGCGCGAAGAGGGUUUCAUGUGCGGCACCGAUGAUGUUCGUCUAACGGUCGAACUGCUUGUGGCAAGCUCUCAGGUCGGCCGUAUUAUCGGCAAAGGAGGUCAGAAUGUGCGCGAACUGCAGCGCGUAACGGGCAGUGUCAUCAAGCUGCCAGAGCAUGCCCUGGCCCCGCCAGCAGGCGGUGAUGAGGAGACGCCCGUUCACAUCAUUGGGCCAUUCUACAGCGUACAGUCCGCCCAGCGUCGCAUCCGGGCCAUGAUGUUGUCCACGAACCCGCCGCCAGUGACCAAGAAACAGAAAGCUGCCAAAGAACAACUGCAACAACAGCAACUGAGCUUAGCCGGUGCUGCGACCAGUGGAUCCCAGCAGCUUCAGCAACAGCAGCAGGAACUUUCGCCGACGUUGCAGCAACAGCAACAGCAGCAGCCACUGCCGCCGCAAUCGCACCAUCAAUCUGUGUCGGCGUCUUCGUCGUCAUCGACGCCGCCUGCCCAUCAUCAGCAGCAACAGCAGCAGGCGUCGUCGGCAGCGACUUCGCACCAAUUGCAGCAGCAACCGUCGCCGCCACUGAGCGCUAGCAAUGAAACUCUGGCCACCUCCCAGCAGCAGCUGGCGAGCUCGCAGCAGUAA